AUGCUGAGGCAGACGCUCCUCGUCUUGGCGCUCGUCGCCUGUGUCCUGGGUUCGACUCUGCCACUGCGUCGUCUGUCCCACACUGGACCAGCUCGCCGUUUCGCUGUCUCCAGGGGACGCAUCUACGGGGGACACGACGCCACCAGAGGUGAGUUUCCUUAUCAGGUGUCCCUGCAGUACGUGCUGCUGUUUUUCCAGUACCACAACUGUGGCGGCUCCAUCAUUUCUAGCAAUGCCAUCCUCACCGCUGGACACUGUGCUGUCGACAUUGGACACUACGUCGCUGUGGCUGGAGACUACGACUUAAGCAGCAACGAGGGGAGUGAACAGGAGAUUCGAGUCUCAGAGCAGGUCGUACAUCCCGACUAUCCUGGGUGA